AUGUCAAAUGAUCAUGGUUUCGAGAUCGAGUUCGAGUUCUGUAGAGUCGCGGAACCUGGUGCAUCGCCAAAUGCCCCAGCUGAUCAUUUGUUUUCCAAUGGUCGGCUUGUGCCUCAUGAUUUCCCUUGUUCACCUAAGAAUAUUUUUAAGUCUCUGUCGCGAUCAGAGAACCAGAGGUCUAGUAGUUUUGGCUCAUUCUCUUCGUGUUCUCAUUCUCUGUCGAGAUCAGGGAGCCAGAGGAGUAGCAGUUUUGGCUCGAGCUCAUCGUCUGGGAGCGAUAGUUGUAGCUGGAGCCAGAGGAGUAGCUCUUCUAUUAGUAGUUGCAGAACAAGCAUAAGUGAUGCCUCUGCAGAGAAACCCGAGUUUUUUCAUGCCAUAAGAGCAGAACAAACACGAAAGCCAUACAAGGCACGGAAGCAUGAUCUAACACGCGAUAAUGGAUCUCAGAAAUGGCAAUUUAUUGCACCAGUGUCAGUCCUGAAUGGGAAUGUUCGGCACAGGAGUAAAAAAAGUUCUCAGAGAAAAAAAUCUGAAGUUGCGGAUCAUCAGAAGGUUUUGAAAUCCAAGAAUGAAGAAAAGAGUAAAGGGCUUUGGCGGAGAUUUUUGUGUUUGUUUGUGUCAACAUGCAAUGAAUUUCAUGCUAUAGAGCCAUCAGUAAGAGAGUACUAA